CAGCUAUUUCAAAUAUCUUCUUUGAGUCAGAUUUCUUAAAGUUUGAAACUUCACAGAGAAACCCAAAAGGGUAUUGUCAAAAACCCAGAAAGAUUCCGUGAUUUCUAGUAGUAAACGAGGAAGAAAAGGCGAUUUCAAGUGAUUUCUGAAGCGAUUUCUCGAUGUCUGGCGGCGAAGGAGAUGGAGGGACGACUUUAGAGUUCACUCCAACAUGGAUUCUCGCCGGUGUUUGCACUAUCAUCGUUGGGAUUUCACUAGCGGUUGAGCGCUUGCUUCAUUAUGCUGGAAAGCAACUUAAGAAGAAUCAACAGAAACCCCUUUAUGAAGCUUUACAGAAGAUCAAAGAAGAAUUGAUGUUAUUGGGAUUCAUUUCGUUGCUUCUAACUGUGUUUCAAAACAGCAUCACAAAGAUCUGUGUCGGUAAGAAUCUUACCCAUCAUUUCCUUCCUUGCAAGUUUGAAACUGAGGAAGAAGAGUCAUCUGAGACGGAGGAAUCUCCUAUUCGGCAUUUGCUUUCUGAACAUGCCUCCUCUGCGAUCGGUUACUGCACAUCCAAGCAUAAGGUUCCAUUGUUAUCUGUUGAAGCAAUUCAUCAUCUACAUAUCUUUAUAUUCGUCCUGGCUAUUGUUCAUGUGACGUUUUGUGUCUUAACUGUUCUGUUUGGAGGAGCAAAGAUACGUCAAUGGAAAAGUUGGGAAGACGCCAUUGCAAAGGAGAGUAAUGACAGUACCAGUUCAGGACAAGCCUUGCAUCCAAAGCUGACCGAUGUCCAUCAACAUGAUUUUAUAAGGGGUCGCUUUCGAGGCAUUGGUGGACAUUCUGUGAUUUUGGGAUGGCUGCAUGCGUUUUUCAAGCAAUUCUAUGCAUCGGUCACUAAGUCAGACUACAUGACACUCAGACUUGGUUUCAUUAUGACACAUUGCAAAGGAAACCCUAAGUUCAAUUUUCACAAGUACAUGAUAAGAGCUUUGGAAGACGAUUUCAUUGAAGUUGUGGGUAUAAGUUGGUAUCUCUGGGUAUUUGUUGUCAUCUUCCUGUUGCUGAAUAUUAACGGAUGGCACACAUACUUCUGGAUUGCCUUCAUUCCUUUCAUUCUUCUACUUGCUGUGGGUACUAAGCUUGAACACAUAAUUACUCAAUUGGCUCACGAGGUUGCAGAGAAACAUGUUGCAAUAGAAGGGGACCUAGUUGUUAAACCUUCAGAUGAUCACUUUUGGUGCCAUCGUCCCCGCAUUGUUCUCUACCUGAUUCAUUUCAUACUAUUUCAAAACGCAUUCGAGAUUGGAUUUUUCUUCUGGAUAUGGGUUCAAUACGGUUUUGAUUCUUGUAUCAUGGGACAAGUCCGUUACAUAGUGCCAAGGCUCGUUCUAGGGGUAAUAGUUCAGGUAUUAUGCAGUUACAGUACCCUUCCACUAUAUGCACUUGUGACACAGAUGGGAAGUUCGUUCAAGAAGGCAAUAUUUGAGGAGCAUGUACAAGUGGGCCUUGUCGGAUGGGCACAAAAAGUGAAGAGAAAGACACAGCUGAAGGCGGCUGCUGCUGCUGCUUCAGAAAGUGGCUCUGGCCAUGGGAGCUCAUCCGACGUCAAAAUACAGCUUGGAGUUCUUCAGAGACAGCAGCCCUAAGAUAAAUAUCAAAUACAGAACUUGAAACCUCAAAAAUCAAUCUUUGUCUUGUUUCGUUAUAACUGGGAAGAUGCAUAUUUCAACUAUGAGCAUUAUAUUAGUAUACAAUGGCUCUUUUUUGUCA